CGCAAAAUCUCCCCACUCACUCACUUUAUCGUCUGGGCGUAGGGAAUUUGUGAUUUUACUCUAUUCGCUCUAGAAACCCUAAUCCAUUCUUCCUCGUAUUCUCCUUGAUAGAAUUUGGAAUUUUCGAGUUCCACCUGCCGUUGAUUGAUUCUUUCCGAUUGAAACCCUGAUUUUAGUCUGCGGAUUUCCGAUUGGUGAAGGAGAACGAGUCGGUUGAUGAGGGCGAUUCCUAACUGCCUGCUUUCCCUGUUGAUUUCGCGUGCUUUUUCUCGGCAAUUCGGCCAUUGAUUCGGGGCGUUCCGGCAAAGUAUUCGACAUCUGAACACUAGGGUUUUGUUCGAUCGUUAAUCGAGAAAUCUUGCGGCAGGAGGUUUCAACCGUCCGAGGAGGCUGUGACUUGGGGAUUCUAUUCGGCGUCAGAAGGAGAGGGCUUUCCGGAGUUUUUCUUCGAUCUACCGGAUCCGUGUAAUUUACGGUCGUUUGGUGGAGUUUUGGACCGAGAUCCAAUUAAUCAUUCUUUCUGUGGAAGUUUGAAGACUUCUGCUGAUUUGAAUGUCCUGAGUCCCUGAAGGAUUAGAAGGCCAUUAGUCGGUUUGAUUAAUUUUUCGAGUAAUUGCAGAAAAGAAAAAAGAAGGAAAAAAAAAAAAAGAACUUGUUGAAUUUCCAUUGUACUCCUGUUAAUGUUUUUUUCACUUCUUUGAGUUGAAUGCCAGGCCUUUCAUUUUGUACUUCUUGACGGCCCUCUAUUUCUGUUUGUGGUUGUUUCUCUCUGAGAGAGGAAAAACAAUAUACAAAGAAAACAUGGCUGUGUAUUAUAAAUUUAAAAGUGCAAAAGAUUAUGAUUCAGUUGCCAUUGACGGACACUUUAUAUCGGUGGGACACUUGAAAGAAAAAAUUUUUGAACUAAAGCAUCUGGGCAGGGGUACUGAUUUUGACCUCGUUGUCACCAACGCCCAGACUAAUGAAGAGUACCUUGAUGAAGGAAUGUUAAUUCCCAAAAAUACUUCAGUUUUAAUACGCCGAGUUCCUGGACGUCCUCGCAAGCCCAUAGUUACUGCACCUGUUACUGAACAAGAAGAGCCAAAUGUGGAGAAUAAUUCUGAUGAUGUUCAAGCUGUAAAAGGUAGCUUUGCUGGAGCAGAUCCAUCUGCCAUGAAAUAUGGUGAAGAUUUAGAAUGGGAUGAAUUUGGAAAUGAUCUUUAUGCAAUUCCUGAAAAUGUACAUGUCCAAUCGAGCAUCCCUGUUCAAGAUGCUCCCCCUGUUAGCAAAGAGGAUGAGGAGAGCAAAAUCAAAGCUUUAAUUGACACUCCAGCCUUAGAUUGGCAGCGUCAACCUUCUGAUGGCUUUGGUCCUGGUAGAGGAUUUGGACGGGGCAUGGGUGGAAGAAUGAUGGGAGGGCGUGGUUUUGGUCGAGGUGGAUUUGAGAAGAAAACACCACCCCAGGGCUACAUAUGCCACAGGUGCAAGGUGCCUGGGCAUUUUAUUCAGCAUUGCCCAACAAAUGGUGAUCCCAAUUUUGACAUCAAAAGGGUCAAGCCUCCUACUGGAAUUCCAAAAUCAAUGUUGAUGGCUACUCCAGAUGGCUCUUACGCAUUACCCAGUGGAGCUGUUGCAGUGUUGAAGCCAAAUGAGGCUGCUUUUGAGAAAGAGAUUGAGGGUAUGCCGUCUACUCGUCCUGUUGGUGAUCUUCCACCAGAAUUGCAUUGCCCUCUGUGUAAAGAAGUAAUGAAAGAUGCUGUCCUGACGAGCAAGUGUUGUUUUACUAGCUUUUGUGAUAAAUGUAUUCGAGAUCACAUCAUGUCCAAAUCAAUGUGUGUCUGUGGGGCCACAAGUAUUCUGGCAGAUGAUCUUUUGCCCAACAAGACGUUGAGGGAUACUAUUAACCGAAUUUUGGAAUCCAAUAAUAACAGUGGGGACAAUGGCGGGAGUGCUUUUCAAGUCCAAGACAUGGAGUCACGCAAUCCACAAGCUAAGGUUGCAUCUCCAACACAGUCUGCUGCCUCAAAAGGACAGCAAGUGCCCGCACCACCACCCCAAAGGGAAGAGACUUCAAAGAUUGUGGAGACCGUUGAAGAAAAUAAAUCUGCCCCUGUCCCAAUGAAACAGGAGAAAGGGAGAAUUCCAAAAGUGGCUGAUGUUUCCGAAGCUACACAUGACUCAAGAACUGUUAAGGAAGCAGCAUCGCAAGGAAGUGUUCCAUUGGCUGAUGAAGAGGUGCAGCAAAAACCACUUUCUGGUGAAGCAGGGAAGAAGAAGAAAAAGAAGAAAAUCCGCAUGCCUCCUGGUGCUGCAGAGAUGCAGUGGAGAACUGGGCAAGACCUUGCACCUGAGAAUUACAUGAUGCCUAUGGGACCUUCUGCUUUUAAUCCGUACUGGAGUGGCAUUCAACCUGGACUAGAUGGAUUUAUGCCUCCAUAUGGGGGUCCUGUGCCCUACAUGGGCUAUGGACUAAGUCCCAUGGAUGUUGCAUUUGGUGGUGUUUUACCACAUGAUCCAUUUGGAGGACCUGGUUGUAUGUUGCCUUAUGGUGGCCCUCCGCAGAGGGACCUCGCAGAGUUAGCAAUGGGAUUCAAUCCUGGGCCGCCGAUCAUGAGUAGAGAGGAAUUUGAAGCUCGCAAAGCUGAUUUGAAGAGGAAGCGUGAAAUGGAGAGACGUGGGGAAAGUUUCCAACAAAGGGAAUUUUCUAAAGAUCGCGAAUAUGGAAGAGAAGGGAGCAGCACAGUUGAUGUUUCUUCAAAGUCCAAAUCUAAGUCUAUCCCACCUCCGUCCAGCACUGACCAUCAGCAAACCCAUCGCCACCGCUCCGAGAGGCAUUCACCUGACCGUCGCUCCCGGGACCCUGAACUUCCACGCCCAUCUUCCAAGAAGAAAUCUGACUACGACCACUCUCACCAUGAAGACCAUCACCACCGCCGUGAGUACCAUGAUGAAACCCAGCGACACCGUGAUCACCACCAUCGCAGCAGCAGCAGCAGCUACCAACGCCGCUCUGAGUCCCCCUCUGAAGCACUGGCGCCGCCACCGCAGUCUUUAUCAGCAUCUGACAAGAAGAAGGCCAGCGUCUUCUCCCGCAUCAGCUUCCCCGAGAAUGAAUCCUCGGCUCCUAAGAAGAGAAAGCUCUCUUCAUCUUCGGAGGUGCCUCCUACUGGCACCUCAAGUCACCGGUCGUCAGCCCUCCCAAAUGGACACCAUGAUGAGCACAAAGCUGUGUCUGGGUCGAGAAAAAGUGGUGCGACUGUUGCUGUUGCAGCUGUAGAUCAUGACAGCAGCGAUGAUGAAAGGCAUUUCAAGAGACGGCCAUCGAGGUAUGCCUCAUCGCCUCAGCCAGCCGCCUCCGCUGAAGAGGAGCCCCGCCACAGUAGAGGGUCGAGGGAUAGGGAGCGUGAAAGGGAUCGUGGAGGUUAUAGCAAGCAUAGAUGAUUAUGAUUAACAGCUCUCCUGACGGGCAAUCUGCUCGGUGAGGAGGGUGGAAAUUGGACAUCUGUGUUGAAGUUGAAUGGAGCAUUCCGAACGUCUUAGCUCCGUAUUUGCUUUUAUUAUAUUGUGUAAUAAUGAAGAGCAUGUACUGGUUUCUUUUUGUUGUUACAGUUAAAUGAAAUGGGGAUGUUUUGAUAUUAAAUGAAAUGUCAAGUUUUUCACAAA